AUGGCAUCUGCUGGUCGUGCGCUUUCCCGCUGCCUCUUCUCAGGGGUGGCAGAGGAGGAAAACGAGGUGCCCCCCCUCGCCAACGUCUCUCGAGAAUCCGAAUAUCUACCCAGCCCAAAGGACGUCAUGCCACAGUGUAGAGCCUCCCCUCCAGGCCUCCCUCCCUCCGCUGAAGGGUCUCAUCAGUCCCCCUCGCUACAGGCAGCGGCAACUUCUCCGUCUUGCCUGGCGUUGAGGCCCUUCCGCCGCCAGUGGCUAACACCUGUGGCUUCCCACCCGCUGCCACUGCCUCUAGAGUGUGCGAUGGGAGGAUCCCCGUCCAAGGCGUUCAAACUGCUCUCUGAGGCUCCCCAGGCGGUUAGAGACCUGUGGAAGGUAUCCUUCGAGGCAAAGACUCUCCGCAAACGGCACGUUCUCCUGCAUGCCGAUUUGCAAUCAGUUUGCAGCUGGAUCUCCUUGCAGCUAGAGAGCGAGCUCUUGCCUCUGGAUGACACUCUUGCCGGCGAGAAGGCCUUCGCGGCUGCCUCUGCGGUGUAUGCCCAGCUCCUCCCACAGCUCCUUUGGGCUACUGCUGUUGUGGCACUCCGCCUUACAACAGUGACUCUGCAGGAGACAACAGCGCUCUGGGCAAGGCUGCAGCUUCUGGCCCUCGACGCAACGACGAGUAACGCCGCUGCAGAAAUGAUAGCAGACAGGGGCGGCAGCGUCACUAAAAGCCUUCGACCACGAGACUCUGCCUCCCUGCUGUAUGGUCCCUCUCGCGUCUUUGGUCGUCGCAAACGCCGCAAGCCUCAGCAAAAGCAGCAACAGCGGGAAGAGAGUCAGAGUGAUCAUGACUUUGGCGAAGACACGCCACUGGGGGCAUUGGAAGCGGUGGCAAACGACACCGCUGAUCCCGAGGCGCUGCUUCAACAGAUUGAUCGCUUUCGCAGUGGUCCAAAGAAAAGCUGCGAGUCUGAUAGCUUGAUGAACUCCGCAACGAUCCUCUCCAGCUGCGGCAAAGGACCACCCUGCGUAUGCACGCGAAAGAGAAAUAGCGACCACGACGCUGCAUGCCCUUCAUUGUCUCUCCUUUUUGGUCAUCUCAGGUUCCUUGGAGGCCUUCCAAAGCAACCAGAGAUCGCACCCGUGAUGAGCUCCUCCCCUGUCACCUCCCCAUUCGCUGCAUUGCGACGCGAUCUGCUGCAGCUAGGCGCACUGAGAUCUCCAGGGGACGGGCUAAGGCCCCCCCCCGGCGAUGGCUCCUCUGUGGGCAGCAGUACGACGAGUCUCCCCGUGAUUUCGUAUUCGAAUGCUGCAACUGCAGUGUCUGCUGCUGUCAACGCGGGCACGCCUUCCAACAGCAGCAGCCCCCCUGUAGGCACCAGCGCGGCAGAAGACCGCUGGACGCUGAUGCCGUGGCAGUCAGCAGCGGCGGCUGCUGCUGCUGCGAUGAAGCAUGGCCUUUCUCGUCGCAGCUCGUUCAGCUCAGUAGCGAGCGACUUGAUGCCUCUGCCUCACCAGCGGCAGCUCCACCAGGAGCCGCUGAUGCAGGGGCCCCUAGGAUUUGAGGUUCCCGUAGGCGCAGCGGUGGAUCCAAUGGUUGCUUCCCCCUUUAGAAUGCAGCAGCAGCACCCACGGCCUUUGCUAGCCUCAGAGCCCUCCUCUGUUGGCAGCGGCUCGAGCAAACGAACAGGCGCCUCGGGUAUGGGGGGCACUCCUGACGGCCGAUGGUUGCCUGACUUGCAGCAGCAGCAAGAUGUGGGAGUAGGGGAGUGGCAACUCCCUGAGGAAGACUCCGGCUGGCAUCAGGGAGCUGCAGAAGAUGCGCAUGCAGCACACGCGGCGGGCAGCGAAGAGAAUAGGGCGCUGGCACUUGCGAUCCCAGAGACGCUUCAGCAGAAUAUGUGGCGCAGCCAGAGCAAGCGGAAGCCGAAGCGGCUUCACAAGCUGCAAAUCGACACUGCUCUGACGCGCUCUGCAUGCGCAGCAACAACAGCAAGGGAGGCGGGGGGGGGGAUGCACAAGGCUCAAGAGGAAGUCGCAGAGGCCCUCCGGGUGCUACAGGCCGGUGCCGAGGACGGGGAGGCAUUAAGGAGGAGCUUCCGACGAUUUCCUGAGAUGCUAGAGAGGCACUUGCGUCUUCAAGGCCUCUUCGGCGUUUAUCCGCAGCCAGAGCAGCACUUGAUGCAGUGUGUUCCCCGCAAGAAGCCGAACUUUGGAGUCGCGGCUCUCACCCAAGUGUCGCUGCGACCUGCUCCUGCUGCAGGUGAGGGUGCUGCAGUAUCUCCAGACCAGCCGGCUUUCCCCUUUUUAGCGGGCAGAACAAGUGCCUCCCCCGCGGGGGCAACAGCAGCUGCAGCUGGUGCUAGACGGCGCAGAUCCUCUUGGCUCGAGAAGGAGAAUGUUUUAAAGGGCUUCGACAGCCCGCUGCUCCCCUCCGCCGAGGCCAGUGACGGGGAGACACCUGAAAGCCUCCCUCAAGGCCUCUACAGAAAGAAGGACGGCGCUAUUGUCACCUUGUGGCCCUCUGCCGCUUCACUCUACGAGCUUGUGGAGAAGCAUUACAUGCCGGGAGCCGCCGGCUAUGCAUCGCAUCCCUACAACACGCCUCCUCCCCCUCUCUCUGCGCCUCCUCCAGUGCAGCUUUCGGAGCUUCUCAACGGCCACAGCCGUCGCACUGCAGCAAGGGCGUUCCGCGAUGCUCUUGCCCUCCACUCCCACGGACUCUGCACCCUCAGGCAGGAGAUGCCAGCGAUCUCGGGGGGCCCCACUACCCCACAGAGGACGCCAGACGGCAAUCGCACGGAGCUCUAUCCUCCCCUCCUCAUAAUUUCACAGGACGCCGAAGAGGAACAAGUCUGGGGAACGCCCUUAAGACCUACCACUGCAGCACCAACAACACCCCCCGAUGCACACGCGACCGAAGCAACAGCAGCAGCAGAAGCCGCGUCGUGGAGUGAGGCCCCACCGGAGGUGCCUAUUUCGGAUUCAGAGAGCAAUAGGACCCCUCCAAGAAGCUUCCCUGGCGCGUCUGCGCGUGAUGCACAAACGGCAGUAGACGCGCAGACAGCAGCGGGAGUGCGUGAACACGCCGCUGCAGUGGCUACUGCUGCCACUGACACGGCGUUGGCAGAAGCAGCAAAACGGGGAGAGGCCCCCAUAAGUGACGACCAGCUGGAGCAGGCCGUCCAGUGGCUGGUGACAGGACUGUUGGAUCGGUUGCAGGAGGAGUCUCGAGUGCAUGCUCACGCAUUGGUGUACUGGUUUGUUCGAGAGAUCUUGCCGUCCAGCGCCUUGGCAGGUGUCGCAUCUGCUACGGCUUGGGAGGCGAAGGCUGUUUAUGCCAUAUGUACCCUCAUAGACGAGGGUGUCUUUUUGGCCACUCGUGCUGCCCGCACAGAGGCUCCUGUGGAUCUCGAGGUUUUGAAUACAGCGACGCGAGAGAGGGGAGAGGCCCUCUGUUGCCCCUUCUGGUUAGAGGGGGUCGCUGAGGUUGAGUAG